AUGAAUAACACUAACAAUAUUUAUCAAAAAUUAGAGCAAAUCCAAAGUAAACUAACCCAUUUAACCAAAUCCGAACAAAACCGAUUUCAGCAUUAUAAAUAUGUUUCGGAAUACCAAAUCCUAACCAUUUUAAAGCCUUUAUUGGCUGAAACUAAAUUAAUCUUAUUACUUUCGGACACCAAAGAAAGUUUUACUACCGGGCAAAAUACUGAUAUUGCCAAAGCCAAAGGUUCAGCUGAAACCUAUGCCAUUAAAUAUUUCUUACAAAAAUUAUUCCUAAUUCCCACUUCGGAUAAUUUAGAUCCGGACAAAUUAGAUACUAGCAAGCCCAAGGAAAUAGUGGCUACUAAACCCCUCACCGAAGCCGAAAAAGAGCAAGUUAAACACUUUUUAAACAAAAAUGUCUAUGGAAAGCCUUAG